CAGACGAGAUCAGGACCGCAUUCCGAUCCGAGACUCGACGACGACGGCGGUGGCGGCGGCGGCGGCGGCUAUCUUGUGAGUUUUGGGCCGCACUCUUCGAGAAACGACGCACCUGGAAGAACGAGUGUCUGCGCUCUCACGUCGUACAGACACGCAUAUCUUUAUAUUAUAUAAUAUAAUAUUGUAUCAUAUCGUAGCGUACGGACCUCGAACCGUCGGCGGCCGGCGCAGUCAUGUGCCGUACAUUGCGCCGUCAGCACCCGAAAAUGGGUCCGAUGCCGAAGAACCUCGGCGAUUCCUACGCCAACCGUCUCGACGUCUUGAAACAAGCGUUGAAACCGUACCGGGACAACAACGCCAACUGUCUGCGGCUGAUCACCAGGUCGGCUAGGGUGAACCUGAACAAGCACUGGAAGAGUCUGGAGAAUCUGUUCACGGCCGGGCACGACCGUCGUGCAGACGUCAAGGAACGCGCCCAGAACGCGGUCAACGAGAUGCUGGAGAACGGGGAGAACGAAAGACCCGCGGCGGCCAUGGAAGCAGCAGUCGUCUACACCAACCCGACAGCGGACGCGGUGGAAAAAUUCCAACAUUUGUACGUGAACGAUCGUUGAGGAUCCACGACAACCGCACACUUGGUUUGAUGAAGUCGGUGGUGCGAGGUGGAUGUUGGGGAGGGGGGGGGGGGGCGAUGAGCUGAGAUCGUAAAUUGUUUAUUGAACACACUUUAUAUUAUUAACACUAUUAUUGUGUACACCUACGUGUGCGUACCUCAUGUCCUUCAUUGUUUUUUUUUUUUUUUUUUGAUAUCGUUUUAUAUUUUAUUUAUUUAUAUUUUUUAUUUUAUUUAACACGCGCACGCACCAACACGUUAUUAUAUUAUUAUAUAUAUAUAUGCACAAUUUUACGCACCGUUUUCGCACUGGUUUUUAUCCGCACAACAGCACCGACACGCACGCUUAUACGCACUUUAAAUGCACUCAAACACAUAAAUAGCACGAUAAGACAUUAAACAUAAUAUUUAAUGUUCACUACAUAAUAUAUUAUUAUAUCACAUCGCACUCGUUAAAUGUUAUCAUGCACCGUUAUGUUCACAUCACACAUUAUUAGAUUUUAUGUAACAUUUUUAUCAUCCGACGAGGAAUACUGCACCACACCGCAGAAUGAUCCGGAUCGUUAUUAAUGUAUGACAUAUUCCUGCACUUUAGACUAAAAUGUACAUAAUUUUUUUAUUAGUUUUAAGUUUAUGUCAGUCAAUUAUUGACGACAAACAAGAACUAUGAAAUACUGAAUUAGUUUUUAUACCUAAUUCGCAUGUCUCACGACGUCGAUUAGAAGAAAUUAGAAUUUAGAAUUUUAGUAAGAUUAAUUAAAUAUAUUGAAUCUGUGAUUA